AACAAUCUUGGAUAUCCCAGAUCUUAUAAACGUGGUUUCAAGGUCGCCAUCAAUUCCAGAUUUACAUAUUUACAGUUAAAGAUGCCUAAGAUAGAAAACGAUAUUAAACUGGACUUUAAAGAUGUGCUAUUUAAACCAAAAAAAAGCACCGUAGAUCUUGAACGCGAGUAUACAUUCAGAAAUAGUAAAAGGACAUAUAAAGGUGUUCCUAUUCUCGCUGCAAAUAUGGAUACAACUGGAACCUUUGAAAUGGCAAUAGUGUUUGGCAAGCAAAAAGUUUUUACAUGUAUCCAUAAACACUAUUCUGUUGAUGAAUGGGUAUUAUUUGCCAAGGAAAAUCCAUCAAUCUUGGAAUAUGUUGCUGUUUCUGUUGGUAUGGCAACUGGUGAUUUAGAAAAACUAAAGGAAAUCUUAGAAAAACUGCCAUUACAAUAUAUUUGUGUUGAUGUGGCUAAUGGAUAUUCUGAACACUUUGUUAAUUUUGUUAAAGAAGUCCGAAAGAACUACAAAAAUCAUGUGAUUAUGAAAAUAUGUUAA